UUUGCCGGUUUGAUUCAUCAUUGGCUAAUCCUUUUCAUUCAAGCUGACAAACAAGUACAGAAAGUAAGUUGCAGUGUCUGAGCGUGACAACACAACACUGCGCCUAAAAAACCUCUAAAAACCUUAAAAUUCUCAUGUCAUCUCUCUCAAGAUGAACAAAAGGCCGCAACUUUCUUGAAUUGGCAAGCUAAAAGUUGAUUUCCUCAUUUCCCGGCCCCAAAAUGUUCAGAAUCCUCACCGGGAAGCUGAGCCGCCUGUACCGAGGUUUCCGGUGGCGUCUCAGCCGUCGUUCCAAGCCCGAGGACUCCGAGGUUGUCGGGAAAACGAAUCCUCCAAAGGCUUACGUUAGCACAAACGAAGCGUCCAUUCAUCCGAGUGGCGGCGGCGGGGAACUGGGAAAGCCCAUUCGCGUGGCGACGUUCAACGCCGGCCUUUUUUCCAUGGCGCCGGCGGUCCCCAAGGCGACGAAAUCCGCCAGCUUCGACUUGGGCGACGAGGAUUUCAGACAGGAUAAUCAUAUCCACGUCAGAGCUAAAUCCAUGGAUCAUCGUCCCAAAAGCAUCCUUAAACAGUCUCCCCUCCACCCAAACGCUAAUCUCUCCGAGCAGCAGAGGUUUCCCAAGUCGAAACUGCGGGUGUCGAUAAACCUGCCGGACAACGAGAUUUCCCUGAAGAAAAGCGGGCAGUUGCAGUUCACUAAUACCUUUCUUGACGACGAGGGGGACGGCCGGGGAAAGUCCCCUCUGAGAUCAUCAUCCAGCCUGAACUUCUCCUCCUCGUCGGCCGGCCGGAGUUACAGAAGUACGAGGACGGUGGUCGAGGUUCUGCGGGAACUGAACGCGGAUGUUCUGGCGCUGCAAGACGUGAAGGCGGAGGAGGAGAGAGAGAUGAAGCCGCUGUCGGAUUUGGCCGCCGGGCUGGGAAUGAAAUACGCAUUUGCAGAGAGCUGGGCGCCGGAGUACGGGAACGCUAUCCUCUCCAAAUGGCCGAUUAAGAGCUGUAAAGUCCAGAAAAUCUUUGACGAUUCCGAUUUCAGAAAUGUGAUGAAGGCCACCAUUGAUGUCCCGGAAGUAGGAGAAAUCAACUUCUUCUGCACUCUCUUAGAUCAUCUUGACGAAAACUGGAGAAUGAAGCAGAUUAAUGCCAUUAUUCAAUCAUCUGACACGCCCCAUAUCCUAGCAGGAGGACUGAAUUCCCUAGACGAAGCAGAUUACUCCCCUCAGAGAUGGGCAGAGAUUGUCAAGUACUAUGAAGAGAUGGGGAAGCCAACACCAAAGGUUGAGGUGAUGAAGUACUUAAAGAGCAAGCAGUACUGUGAUGCCAAGGAUUUUGGGGGUGAAUGCGAGUCAGUGGUCAUGAUUGCCAAGGGACAAUGUGUGCAGGGAACAUGCAAGUAUGGAACUCGGGUUGAUUACAUAGUGUCAUCCCCAGAUUCAGUGUACAAAUUUGUGCCCGGAUCAUACUCGGUUUUGUCGUCAAAAGGAACCUCGGACCACCACAUAGUAAAAGUCGAUGUGGUUAAGGCUGUAGGCGGCAGUGGUUGUCAUCAUCGGCGAAGGAUUGAUAGAAAGAAACAACAAAAGAAGAGAAUUGUCAAGAAGAUUACAAACUCAAAUUUGUCUAUGGGUAUACGAAAAACACAAAGAUGAUGCGUACAUAUGCUAAAGUACUUUAACAAUUGUUUUCCUCUAUUAUCCUUGUUAUUGUUAUUCCCGAACUUUACCUUGUAACUAACUGAGUUGUCUAGCUUUCUACUGCUAUCCGAUGAAAGGCCAAGAUUUAAAGCAAAGACCAUUUACUUUAGCUAGCUAAUUAAACCCGCAAGUCCAUAACUGUGCCUUUUUAGUUUUGAAUUUUAUUAAAAUGGUGAGAUUGUAGUAC